UAAUCAGAGCACAGUCGCUUACUCCUUACGUUGUGCAUAAACAUGGGAUCGUCACUAUCUUCAAGCGCAAGACAGGUCGCCCAGAGGGCCGCACCGAGCUCCGGCCGAAAGCUGAAACCUUUUAGCCCCGAUGAAAUAGAGGCUCUGAAUCGGAUGGCAGAGAAGGACCAGGCACGCAUGAGAGAACCUCCCAGCAUGGAGGAGCUUAAUUCUAAGGAUGUUACCCUGGAUCAAUUCCUGUCGAAGCUGGGAGGCUCGAUUUCGGGGCGUGACUUGUCUCCUGACGAGCCAUCACAGGCGUCGACGAGCGGACGACCCCAGGUGCAGAUGCCACCGGCACGGCCAGCGAAGGCGGUUCGGGCAGCUGACGCUGCCGCUUGGCGUACAGUCGUCUCUGCUGACGACCAACCAGGGCGUCUGCAGUCGUACUUGAUACGGGAAAUCCUCGAAGCGCGAACCGCGGCGUCGGUUGAGGGGAAAGCGCUGGACCUUGAGCCCUACGCCAGCAUGUACCGCGCGGAUCGCGCCAAGCUGCUGAAGCUCAUGGAGUACAACUGCAUGCCCAAUGUCAGCAAGGUGGCAACCUUCGGCCACCAGUACGCCUUCGCACGUGCGCCUCGCUGGUGGUUUAAGGACGGCGUGUCAGGCGCGACCUACCUCUCGGAGCCGGACGAGCUGCGGCGCCGACUGAUGGGGAACCCCGUGGAGCAAGCGGCGGACGGGGCGAUGUUCCGCGGUGGCAGGAAGGAGGGCGAGGGCGAGGGUGCGCCGGCAGCGGAGGUGCAGGCGGGCAGCAAGGAGCGGCGGGCGUAGGGGUUUGCCGGGUCUGGUGUUGGGGUUUCGCGUGGCGGAGAGGUUGCGUGGCAUGGGUGUUGAGGGUUGUUGUUGGGUGUAGAGGAGGGUUUGUAGUUGGAAUGGUGGCUCCGGUAAUCAUGCAGCGGUUGCCUAGUUAGGACAUGGUGGUGAGCAGGUACGGUGCUUGGCGGGUAUGUCUGGCAGCAUGUGCGCGCAUGGGAACCGAGACGUUCGUCCCAAACUCCUACUCUCCGUUAGGUACGGCACGCGGUGAGCUGGAUGUCCAAAGCUGGUGU